CCAUGAUAGCCGCGCCUUGCGUAAGCAAGGAGGGCGGGAGAGGCGACGUGGGACAGUCGCCGCAGUGAUGUCGCCGUGGACAUCAACAGCAGCUGCGUCAUGACAGCGCCACCGUGAUGCGUGGACACGAAUGAUUGUCUUUGCAGCCGCGUCCAUGCACGUUUCUCCGCACGUGGCCAAGCCGCCGGUCGCCGCCGCCACGAGGGCCAGCUUGCAGCGGCCACCCGAUGCGUGACACAAUGAUCGUGCGCGACCUCGCGGGUUGCGACACGGAUGAUGCGGGCAUGUGAACUGCGUCAACAACGACCGUGUGCGGUAAUACAUAUACACAGAGAAGAAUCAAACGCGCUGGUUCGUUGACGUUCAUUUUCAUUUUCACUUUGGCACCCAUGCGCUACCACCACACUCUCCAUCGCCUUCCGACGAAUUACGAAGACAGCGCGCAUGGACCGCGCGCGUCGACGAGCCCGCUGAAGCGCUACGAUGCUAGACCAUCCGAAGCGCAUCUCCUCCAGCGGUCGCCGUCCAUGGGCGAGACGGUCAUGACCAAGUCGUAUGCAUUUGUGCUCGAGACGUUCGCUGUCGUGUCGGUCGAGCUGCUCAAGCACAUGGCGCUGCGACUCGCACUCGCCUCCGCCGCGCUCGUGCUCCUCGUGUGUCUCCGCGCCGCGUCCAUUCUGUGAGCGCAGACGUCCAUCUUGGCCGAUCGAAGGCUCUCGCGUCCCUUGGACUUUGCUUUAUUUAUCUCAAUUUCAUGCACUCGGUAUCUUGUCUCUCGACUUGGCAGUGAGAUUCUCGACUCUGAGAUGCUCAGUUGUGAGAUUCAUAGAUCUAAGAUGCCGUAACAUAGAUCUGAGAGGCUCA